GGGUUCCCGGUAGCGGCGGGUCCCGCCCGCUUCCCGGUACUGGCGGCGCCGUGCCAGCUCCAUGUCGCGCAGGGCCAUGGGGCAGCCCCGGCGCAUCACCGACUCCUUCCCGCGGCGGCUGCGGCGGCGGGGCUCGGGCCGGCCCCCGGGCAGGCUCAAGGACAAAAAGGACAAGGAUAAGGACAAGGUGCAGGUGAAGGGGCGGGACUGUCCCCGCUCCCCCUCGCAGCCCCCUCCGGACCCGGCGCUCCUGGAAAUGUUGCGGCGUUUCGACCUCUCCUGGGAAUACGGACCCUGCACCGGGAUCACCCGCCUGCAGCGAUGGGAGCGGGCACAAGAGCUGGGGCUGAGCCCCCCCGGCCCCGUCCGUGACGCCCUCCUGGAGCACCGGGACAACCCCGAUGUCACCUACAGCCUCUGGCACGACUACGAGCUCUGAGCUGCUGCGCUGAAGAAGUGUGGGGAGCCAUUGCUGACGCCCCCAGAGCCUAUUCCAGGGACACCGGGCGGAUUAAAGCUGGUGUGAGCGAAGGAAGGGGUGCCGUGUGCUGUCUGGGGGGGCACAGGGUGGGGUGAAGCCCUUGGGGUGCAGCGGGAGGGCAGGGAGUUGCAUCCUCCCAAAAAAACGCCAGGUGAGGUGUCCAGUCUCACAGUUUAAUGCCACCCAACUGGGACCCAGGGAGAAAAAUCUGUUCUUGGGCGGAGAAAGGGAGGUGGGAUAAUUUUUUUCCCCAGGAAUGGGGUGAAAAAAUGAAGAAUGAAGUAUAAUAUCGGGUGAAAGGGAGCAUAGGGGGGGUGAGGCAGGUGGCUGUGGAUUGUGGGCAUGUCCUGCAGUGGGGUGGGAAGAGUGACAGUGUCCUGUGGGAUUCAUAUGUUUAGUAGCCCUAAUUAGCAGCUUUGCUGUGUGCAGAAUCGCAAAUGAGAGGAUGUGUCUGUUAAUUAUUCAGGUUAUCGAUGACUUAAUUCACCAGCUCUUUCUGUUGCUUCAUCAAUAAAAUAAAUUGUUUCUAUCCCGAGGCUGCA